CAGGAUUAGCCUCUGUCCACGCGAUUCCCUCGACUGAUAUACCCUACAAUUCGCAUUCUUGGCUCUCUCCCUUUUAGAGCUCAUUGACACAGACCUUUGAACAUGAGAGAGAUUGUACACCUCCAGACCGGACAGUGCGGUAACCAGGUCGGCUCGAAGUUCUGGGAGACUCUCUCGGACGAGCACGGUCUCGACGGCACCGGCGCCUACAUAGGCAGCAAUGCCGACGUUCAGCUAGACCGCAUCAAGGUCUACUACAAUGAAGCCGCUGAGCGCAAGUAUGUUCCUCGCGCUGUACUAGUUGACUUGGAGCCUGGUACAAUGGAUACCAUCAAGGCCAGUGGACAUGGAGGACUCUUCAGGCCUGACAACUUUGUCUUUGGUCAGAGUGGAGCAGGAAACAACUGGGCAAAGGGUCACUACACUGAGGGUGCCGAGCUCGUCGAUCAGGUCUUGGAAGUCGUACGCAAGGAAGCCGAAAGCUGUGAGAUGCUUCAGGGGUUCCAAAUCACCCACUCCCUCGGUGGUGGAACCGGAUCGGGAAUGGGCACCUUGCUCAUCUCCAAGAUCAGGGAGGAGUACCCCGAUCGGAUGAUGUCCACCUACUCCGUUCUUCCUUCGCCCAAGGUCUCGGAUACUGUCGUGGAACCAUACAAUGCCACACUCUCUAUCCACCAGCUCGUCGAGAAUGCCGACCAGACCUUCUGCAUCGACAACGAGGCCCUCUACGCAAUCUGCCACCGAACCCUCAAGAUCAAUACGCCAAAGUACGGCGAUCUGAACCACCUCGUUUCGAUGGUCAUGUCAGGUGUCACGACUUGCCUGCGCUUCCCUGGUCAGCUUAACUCGGAUCUUAGGAAGUUGGCCGUCAACAUGGUCCCCUUCCCUCGUCUGCACUUCUUCAUGGUGGGCUUUGCUCCCCUGACUGCCCGAGGCUCGCAACAGUACCGCAACGUCUCUGUGCCCGAGCUUACCCAGCAGAUGUUCGACGCCAAGAACAUGAUGGCCGACUGUGACCCUCGCUCUGGACGCUACCUGACGGUUGCGGCCUACUUCCGAGGCAAAGUCUCGAUGAAGGAAGUCGAGGAGCAGAUGCAGCUGAUCCAGACGAAGCAGGCUCCUUACUUUGUCGAGUGGAUCCCCAACAAUUGCCUGCAGGCGCACUGUGAGGUGCCACCGCGGGGCAUGAAGAUGGCUGCUACGUUCAUUGCAAACACCACUGCAAUUCAGGCGGUCUUCAAGAGGGUCCACACGCAGUUCCACUCCAUGUUCAGGAGGAAGGCCUUCUUGCACUGGUACACUGGUGAAGGAAUGGACGAGAUGGAAUUCACCGAGGCCGAGAGCAACUUGCAGGACCUGAUGGCCGAAUACCAGCAGUACGAGCAGGCCACUCUGGACGAGGACGAAGAGGGCGUCUAUGAGGGAGAAGAGGUGCUGGAGGAGUAGAGGUCAGGGGUAAAAGAGGGUGUUGCGCUCGGUACGCGCUUGAAACAGUAGCCAGUUGCCUGCCCAGGGCUGUAGGGCUGUCUAUGCAUUGUAAGAUGCGCAGCAAUGCUGCCCUGGCCCUCUGAUUCCUAACGUCGUAGAUUUCUGUGGUUUCGUAUCGCUCUGAAUGAAUAUCUCUUUGAAUCGUG